AGAAUUAAAUCCCUCCGUGUGAGGGUUGUUCUGUGUGGGACCGGAGGCACGGAGGGCGUUUUGUCCUUGUAAGCACUUUGGGAAAUGUAUAAAAGCUGCCACCACUCCGAGCCUCUCCAUCCACAUCCCCUGAGUUAUUCGCCUUGGUGAACAGGCCUCCCAGCACAGAAGGAUGUCCUACUCCAGCCAGUCCUGCGGCGUCAGCUGCCCCCAGCCCAUCGCCGAGAGCACCAACGAGCCGUGUGUGCAGCAGUGCCCCGACUCCAGAGCCCUGAUCCUGCCCCCACCAGUGGUGGUGACCAUCCCGGGCCCUGUGCUCAGCACCUGCCCUCAGGAGAGCGUGGUGGGAUCGUCGGGCCCAGCCUUGCCGGGGCGUUCCUUCAGUUCCCGAAGCUCACAGGGCUACGGGGGCUCCUUUGGGCUGGGAGGAUCUGGGGGUUCUGGGGGCUAUUUGGGCUCCUCUGGCUAUGGGGGCUCCUUUGGGUCUGGAGGUUAUGGGGGCUCAUCUGGCUAUGGGGGCUCCCAGGGCUAUGGGGGUUCCCUUGGAUAUGGGGGCUCCCGUGGCUAUGGGGGUUUCUCAGGCUAUGGGGGCUCCCUUGGCUAUGGGGGAUCCCUUGGCUAUGGGGGCUCCCUUGGCCUGGGAAGCUGUGGGGGCUAUGGGGGCUCCCAGAGCUAUGGGGGCUCCCUUGGAUAUGGGGGCUCCCUUGGCUAUGGCCGUUCCCUGGGUUAUGGAGGUGACACUGGCUAUGGGGGCUCCCUCGGGGGCUAUGGGGGCUCCUUUGGGGGCUAUGGGGGCUCCCUGGGGGGCUAUGGGGGCUCCCUCGGGGGUUAUGGGGGCUCCCUGGGGGGCUAUGGGGGCUCCUUUGGCAAUUGUGGGAGGUCCUACAGCUCUGGCUUCUCCUCACGGGGCCUGGGCUAUUCCCUGCCUGGCUCCCAGAGAUGGAGCAGGUCCCGCCGUGGGAGCUGUGGGUUUUUCUAAAGCCCCCCUGACAGUGCCAGCCUCCAGAGGCAGUGCCAGCCCUGGAGCCUGGCCCAGGCCAUCGGGACACCGGGCAGAAGCCGAUUGAGUGUGCCCAGCAACGCUGGGUGUGCCCAGAGCCCUCCAUCCCCUCUCUCUGCCCUGAGCCCUCCAUCCCUCGGGCUUCCCUGAGCCCUCCAUCCCCUCUCUGUGCCCGGACCCCUCCAUCCCUGGCUUGUCCUGGUCCUGAGCUGGUCCCUGCUCCCAGAGCCCGAGUUCUGCAUUCCCUGCUGCCCCUGGGAUCGCCUGGAUUCCCUGCCCUUGGCUGUUGCUGUUCUCUCUGACAUUAAACCCCUGUUGGUGUUGCACAAAAGUCUCUCUGGUUUUCAUUGGUCCUUGCUUUCCUCUGGGGGGAUAUUCCCUCUUGUUCUGGAAGGAGAUGCCUGGAGUUCCUCGCUUGGCCAAGGCCCUUGGGUCUUUGUCAUUUGGGAAAAAGAGGAAAAGAGACAGGAAUUGGAUGCAGGAAAACUUUAUUGUCUCAAGAAGGGCAGGAGAGGCAGGGAGAGGGAGGGUGGGCAGGCCCCAGGCAGGCCGGGUGUCACGGGCUGCAGGAGGCCAGGGCAGCUUGUGCAGAGCUCAGCUUCUCCAUGCUGGGCUGAGGCGGCCCCAGGGCUUUGGGGCUGUUGCUGGUGGCUCUAGCAGGACCCGCAGGUGUCCCAGAGCUUCUUGCUGUAGCGGGGCAGGGCGCAAGGGCUGCAGGCGGGAGCAGCGUAGGCUCUGCCAAAGGUGCAGAGGCCCCCCGAGGCCUGGGUGGCGCCGGCGCCGUAGAGGCCGCCCAGCCCCAGGGAGCCGCCAAAGGCCGGUGCUCCGGAGGAGCCCACCACGGCCUGCUGGGGGAAGGAGCUGAGGAUGGGGCCGGGGAAGGUGAC